AUGGCGGCGUUUAAUCAAUGGAACCUGGAGCGUGCCAAUACCGCUAGAUCAAACCAGCCAAGCAGAUGCUGUGGGAGACAGGUGCUUCGUCAGACGUUUAUUGGCCGUUUCCGUCACAUCAUGGACUCUUCCCAGAAUACUUUCAAUGAGGACACAUCUGCACUCGUGACCCGGCUGGAUGAGUUGGAGCGAGCCUUAUUUCAGACUGGCCAGAAGGGACUCCAUGACUUCCAGUGCUGGGAAAUGGGCCAGGCCGCCCAGAUCACAGUAUCUAGCCUGAUCCAGAAUUACAAAAAGAGAAAAUUCACUGACAUGGAUAGCUGAGAGCACGAAGACCAUGUGAGACUUUGUAGGAAACACUUGUGGACUUAUGGUUUUGUUCAAGCACGGGGAGGAACCAAUGUUCACGUUUCCAAUUAAAAUUAUUUCCAAUAGUAUUUCGAAGUUGGAUCCAUAAGAAUAUUCUGGCUCUGAUUGAAUAGAAAAAGCAGCAGCAACUAAUCGCUUUGGAAAAUCAACAUUUUAAUUUUUCUAUUUGAUCUUUGUUUUAAUAAUUUAAAGAACUCUAGAAAUGCAAGGAAAAAUGAGCUUUUGUAUAGCAAGUAUUCUGUAUCAAAUACUGUAAUUGAAAUGUUAGCAUACGCUGUAACUAUGCUUUUUUCCCCCUAGUUUCCUGUUACUUACCAGUAAAGUGGCCUUUCCUAGGGCCAUCAACAGGCUCAAGGAGUAUAACCUGUCUCUUAGCACUUAUGAAGGUGAUCAGACAUACAGCAUUCUUGAAAGAAAGUCUUUGAGCUGCAGUUCUGUGACUAGAUCCAGGGUCAAAGGACAAAGAAUUCUUCCUGUUAAAGAGCUGCUUCUUGGGAUAUAAGAUAGUUUAUAUUCUCUGUCAAUAUCAUUUAUUAAAUUGAUAUGCUACCCAACUCCCAGCAACUCUGGGUGGUUUACAAUUGUUAAAAUUUUAAGAACAAAAAUCAAUACAAAACCACUCAAAAAGUAGCACAAGGCAGAACAACAUGGCAAAGAAAACAAACUGGGGGGGGGGACAAAAAAGAAGAAAGGGGCGUCAGUCAUCCUUGCCAAAGGCCUGGGCAGAGAGCCAGGUCUUGAAGGCUCUUUGAAAUAGUGAUUGGGGGGGCCAUUUGAAUUUUGGGGGGAACUUCAUUCCAGAGGGCAGAUGCUGCUACAGAGAAGAUGCCCUUCCAGGCUCCCGACAGAUGGCGGCGUUUAAUCAAUGGAACCUGGAGCGUGCCAAUACCGCUAGAUCAAACCAGCCAAGCAGAUGCUGUGGGAGACAGGUGCUUCGUCAGGUAAGCAGGCCCUGCACCGUGCUUAGAACUGUAGAACGUUUGCUUGAGGUGGUAGAUGAGGCCUGCUGUGAACAUUUGUAAACUUUAGUCUGAGGCAAGGAGGCUCCUAUUGUCUUCCAGAUCAGAGAUCACAUAGUAGACCAUGUGAAAUUAGAAAGUAGCACAAUUGUGGGGAAUAAUUUCUUUUUUAAGACUUGUUAAAUAUGAAAAAGGCAAUUAAGUCUUUGUUUAUUAUUUAUCAACCCACUCCAAAAGGCUGUAGCUUACAACAUCUCAUAUACAAUUUAAAACAAUUAAAAACAUAGCCACAAAGCAUAGCAGCCUAGACAAAAAUAGCCAUACAGUAAUUAAAAAAAAACGGGCUCCACUAACACAUUCACCCCAGGCCUGGGAUGCUGAAUGCAUAUUAUAUCUAGAGACACAGUUUUACUUGUUGGAAAGAAAACAAAGGUACUGUUGGUUAACAAAUAGUAACCGAUCCUAAUUUGGGGGAGUCCAAGGAGAAAUAUACCAUUGUGCUUGUGCAUCGUAUUUUAAAUUUUUAUGACCAAAAUUACAAAUACAUCUUGUGUGACUGAUAAAGUGUUUAUGUUAAUCUUUGGGUGGACCACCUCUUACCAGGGAGUAUUCCUCCAAUCUCUAUUUUUUCUUUUCCCUUUAUCUCCUGAACUUUUUGCUCCAAAUAAAAAUCUGGUAUCUUCCUAAUCUUAUGGGUAA